CACCAACGCCCGCAGCACGGCGCUUUCUUAUCGCGUCUUGCCGUCGUCGGCCUUCAGAAUUUGAAAAACUCGUCUCAGGUGGACUGAACGGUUAGGAAACAAACUUUCGCCAGGCUUCAAAGAAAAUCAGCAGCAGUUGCAUAGUAAGUGGCGUUCAUCUGUGGAUCGGUGCAAAUUCAGCUCGACACCGGCGUAAUUCAGUUAGUGGUCAAUCGAUAGCAGCGCAGAAUUUGGGGAAAACGCGAUUUCCGUGGAAAGUUCGCCGCAGGUUUCCAGUGUGUGGGUUUGUGUGUGCAUCUGGCCGUGCAUGCCAUGAGAAGUUGCAUUGCAUGCUUGCAUCGUUUCGUUGCCGACAGCAGUGGCGGAUUCCCAUAGUUUGUUUGUGAAUGGAGAAGGAACUGUUGUGCAGCGCUCACCACUACACAGGGGCUGGCAAGGUGUUUGGCUAGUCGAGCGAGCUCAGCGACAUCGGCGGCGAGUCGGCGAAACUGUUAUUGACAUUUCACCACUACAUAGACAAUAAGAUCGAUGUUCAUUCGCAUACAAGAACCAGCUCUCAAGACUUGGAAGCGUGUUUCGCAUAUUUUGAACAGUUUGUGGAGUAAAUUGUACCAGCCUUUGCCAGCUAUCGAGAUGCCCCGUACACGUAGACGACAUCAUUCAAAAUCCCGUUCUCGAUCCUCUGGAGGUUACCGUGAAAAGCGUAGGCGAAUUGAUUCAGAUGAAAGUUCAAGGAGAUCAAUUUCCAGGUAUGUGCCACAAUUCCAUCUAUUCGUCGUACGUUCAAAUUGCUCCAAAUGGCGAAAAAUAAGGUUAAGUACAGAUUAUCAAAUGGGGAAAACAUAAACCGAGAAAUUCUAG